AUGCCGCUCCCCGGCGGCCCCGCCGACUCAAAGUUCACGCUUUGGAUGGGCGAUCUGGAUCCAUGGAUGGACGAAAACUAUCUGCGCCAGCUCUGGUACAACAUGGGAGAAAACGUCAUGGCCAAGGUCGUUCGGGACCGAAACAACACCAUCUCGGCCGGAUACGCCUACGUGGACUUUCCAUCGUACGCCUCCGCUGCGAGAUACCUCGCCUCUGUGAACGGAACGCUCAUCCCCGGCACCAACCGGGUCUUCAAGCUGAACUGGGCCUCGGGCCUAAACGACCGCAGGUACGGUCUGGAGUUUUCGAUCUUUGUCGGCGAUCUGGCUCCUGAAAUCGACGACUACACACUGAUGAUCACGUUCCAGUCCCGCUUUGCCUCGUGCAAGACCGCCAAGGUUGUGAUGGAUUCGAACAAUGGAGUGUCCAAAGGCUACGGAUUUGUUCGCUUCACCGAUGAGUCGGAGCAACAGCGAGCCCUCCACGAGAUGCAAGGCCAGUACUGUGGCCCACGCCCAAUGCGAAUCUCCAUGGCAACGCCCAAGAACCGACCUUCGCGCGCCGAGCCCCAGCACAACUAUCCCAAGGGGCCGUCCAAGGACUAUCCUGAGAACAGCGAUCCAAACAACACCACCAUCUUUGUCGGCGGUGUUGGUCCGCUGGUGACGGAGGAGGAUCUCCGGGCGUGCUUCAUGAACUUUGGCGAGAUUGUGUACACCAAGAUUCCGCCUGGCAAGGGUUGCGGCUUUGUCCAGUUUGUGCAUCGGCCCAAUGCCGAGCAGGCCCUCCAGCACCUGAACGGAUACGUCGUUGCUGGAUCAAAGCUCCGCCUCACCUGGGGACGCUCGCACAGCGCCGAUCGAUAUGCCUACCAGACCGGCUACGCUAACCAGUACGCCGCCGCUGCCGCUGCUGCCGGAGGACACUACUCGCAUCCUAUCCAGCACCACCCGCCCCCGGCCCACCCUGUCCAUCCCGCCUAUUCCGCUCAGCCCAUGCACCAAGCACCUCCGCCGAUCCAGAACCUGCCUCCGGUCGAGAACUCGCUGCACAUGGAGUCGGUCGACGCUAUGAAUGGAAGCUACAUGCGACAAGGCAUGGGAGUCCUUGAGAAGACCGAGCUGGAAGAAAUGACAUGGAGAAAGUGA